AUGUUGAAUAGUGUUGGUUAUGAAGAAGAGGAGGAAGCUAUUAAUAAAACAGGAAAAUAUAAAUAUGAUGUCAAACCAAUCGAAGUAGUGGAUUUGAAUACAGAAAAAAUAGUGCCAAUACCUAAAGAUGGCAAAUCAGUCGAGGAAAGAUUUGCAUAUCAUUUCUUGGAAGCUUUAGCAACUAAUAAAUUUCCAGAAUUAAAUAUUAUGUACGAAGAGUCUCCACUUGUUAAUAAAAAAAAUCACACCUAUGGUUGGAAUGAAUUAACCAUUAUUAUUAAUCAUAUUCCAAUGCCUAAUUUACUUAAUCUUCUUCCACCAGAAUUAAUACCAUUCAUAACGAAGUAUCUUCCGAUCCAAGAUCUUAAAAAUUGCUGUAGUUUAAAUGAUAUAUGGAAAACCGAAGUGAUUAGAGAAAUUCGCAAAAGAUUAAUAGUGGAUUGUACAUUCGUUAAUAGAAAAACAACUGUCAAAGCGCUAAUUGACCCUAAAUCCAAGUACGGUAGUAUCAGUAAAGCACUUGCCCAAAAAAUGGGUUUAUAUAUUACUAGAAUGUAUGGAUCUAAAUACCCAGCAGUAGAAGACCUUGGUAUUGGCGCAACAAAUGCUGGCAAGAAAGUAAUGAGGAGGGGUUGGGUUGAUAGAGAAAAAGUUUCUGUCACUUUGCCAAAUAUUUUUGAAUUGGGAAAAUUAAAAUCCUUACCUCGAUAUUUAAACGAAACAUUUACUAAUUUCGUAGUUAUUGACAAACCUGAAUAUGACUUAGUUUUAGGAAGUUCAUGGCUAACAGGUCGAGGAAUUGACAUUGAUUUCUAUGGAUAUAAAAUAUGCAGGAAUGAGCUUUGGGAAAAAAAGGGAAAAUGUUAUUGGAGAGAAGAUAGUAUAGAAAUAUUACCUCGUUCAUUACAUAUAUUCUAUGAAAUGUUAUUCCCCAAAUUAAUCGGAAUAGAUAGAGAUGGAGAUAUAAUUUUAACUCGUUUUUCUGAUAAAAAUAUGAAGAAUAGCCUGAUUGACCUAAGAAAAAUCCCAGUAAAAGCAUUAAUCGAUACAUCGUCGAAGUUUAAUACCAUUAGCAGGUGCUUAUUUGAUAAGCUUGAAGAAUAUUAUGGAAUACGUGAUCCUGAUGAGAAUCUCUAUGAAGAUGUAAUAGGUGAAAUAAAAUGCUUAGAUUUACAAUUCCAGUAUAAAGGAAAGUGGCAAAGCUUAGAUGAUGGUAUGAGUAUCCCAUUAAAUGGUGAAUAUAGCAGGCCCACAGGCGACUCUUUGAGUCAUAAAACCAGUUCCACUAAAAAUAACUUAUCUAAAUCAAUGGAAUCUAAACCUGGUCUAGCUCAAGAGGAGGCUAUAAACAUAAUCAACAAAAUUCUCUCAGGUACCCAAAAUAUUAAACACCAAAAGAGCCAUCGCGGAAUAUUUCACAAUAUACCUCCCGCACCUCCAACACCCAGAAGGUUAAAUGACGAUGUUUCCAAAAAUAAGAGCAAGAAAAAUAGGGUCAAUUAUUCCACGGAUUCGGAUACUUCUUCCAAUUCAGAUAUUUCUGACUCAAGUGAUUCUUCUUUGACUAGAUUGCGAUCAGAGCUUAUAAAUAUGCAUAAGACUUCAUCUGCAAAGAAACGUCCUAUUAAGCGAAGACGUUGUAAAUAA